AUGUCACGCGCACCAGGGCAUUCAGACGCCAAUAGUGGCAAUGUGGAGGACGAAACCUCUCGUCUGUUAGAACUCGAACGCAAUGAUAUAGCCGCAGGCGGCUCAAGGCAUGGAACAUUUUCUCCUGACACUCACCAAUACCCUAAUCGCGGCACAAGCGCCAGUCCCAGCCUACGACAUGGGUGUACGUUGCCUGGGAGCUCAAGUCAAAGUAUAAGAGGAGAUGGAAUUUCCUCGGCUCCUUUCUACGUUGCGACGGGUAAAUCGGCGACGAGGCAACUCGCCGAUGCGCAUGGCGUGAAGAACAGGCGGAUUAUGUAUUUAGCAUACUAUGUGCCAUUUUUCAACUGGAUAUCGCAAUACCAAUGGAGAUAUCUUCGUGGAGACUUUAUCUCCGCCGUAACCGUCGCGUCGGUCUACAUUCCCUUAGGGUUGUCACUGGCGUCUAACGUUGCCCACAUCCCUGCACUUAAUGGACUCUAUUCCUUCGUCUUCCACCCGCUUAUGUACGCCCUCCUCGGAAGCAGCCCACAAGUCAUAGUCGGCCCAGAAGCUCCUGGUUCUUUGCUGGUUGCGACCGUCGUUCGCAACGCGGUGGAUGAUGGGAAAUCCAUUGACGACGAUCUCCUCGCAAACGCUCAGAUCGCCGGAAUCGUUACUGGGAUGGCCGGAGCGAUGAUUCUGAUCGCAGGCCUUACCAGGUUGGGCUUUUUGGAUAAUAUCCUCAGCCGACCAUUUUUGCGGGGGUUCAUCAGUGCAAUUGGUUUUGUCAUCUUCGUUGACCAACUCGUUCCAGAGAUGGGCCUGAGUGAUCGAGCCAAGCAUGAUGGCCUGGUUACCCAUGGGAGCAGCUGGGAUAAGUUGGUAUUCUUAUUUCUAAACGUUCGAUAUAGCCAUGCUUUGACCUGCGCUGUCUCCUUCGGCAGCUUCGCCAUUAUUAUGAUGUUUCGCACGCUCAAGAAAUUUUUGGAGCCACGAUUUCCAAGCGUUGUCUUCUUUCCUGAUCAGCUUCUCGUCGUAAUUUUCUCCGCGAUAUUUACCUGGAAAUUCGGCUGGGCUGAGCAAGGAUUGCAUAUUUUGGGCGACAUUAAGGGAGCAGGAAAUCAGACGUUUGGAUUCCGUUGGCCAUUCCAAUGGAGUCAAUUGGAUCAUAUACGGACCGCCAUGAGUACUUCGUUCAUUAUCUCGUUGCUUGGCUUCUUCGAGUCUUCGAUUGCUGCCAAGGGCCUUCGCAGCACAGUUCAAGACGGAAUAGAGGGUAUGACUUACAGUCCUAAUCGAGAGCUCGUUGCUCUUGGGACUGCUAAUAUCCUUGGCGGGUGCUUCAUGGCACUGCCCUCGUUUGGCGGUUACGGAAGGAGCAAACUUAGCGCUGCAACCGGUGGGAAAACGCCCAUGAGCAGCAUUUUUUUAUGCCUAAUUACGGUGAUAUGCAUCGUAUACUUAUUGCCCUACUUUUACUACCUUCCGAUGGGUGUCCUGUCCGCUGUAAUAUCUGUUGUCUCAUGGUCCCUCAUUGAAGAAUGCCCCGAUGACAUCCGAUUCUUCAUCCGCAUUCGCGGCUGGUCAGAACUGAUCCUUAUGCUUCUUAUUUUUGUUUCUACCGUCUUCUACUCCCUCUACCUUGGCAUAGCCCUGGGGAUGGGUCUAUCCAUUUUGCAAGUUAUUCGACACGCAACAAAGCCCCGCAUCCAAAUCCUGGGCAAGGUUUCUGGGACCGACAACCGAUUUGAAAAUGCAGAGCUCCAUCCGGAGAGGGUCGAAUUCAUCGAAGGCUGUCUGAUUGUGAAGAUUCCAGAACCACUUACAUUUGCAAACACAGGUGAUUUGAAGAACCGCCUCCGGCGGCUCGAGUUUUAUGGCACCAAUGCUGCUCACCCAGCUCUUCCCCGGCUUAGGUCCCCAGAGCAUAAUCGGAAUAUGAUAUUUGAUAUCCACGGUGUUACGAGCAUUGAUGGUUCGGGUGUCCAGGUGCUCUCUGAGAUUGUGCAGGAAUAUAUCGAUCAAGACGUUAGGGUGUUCUUCUGUCGAAUUCCUCGACCGGAAAGCGAGGUCUUUCGAUUAAUGGUGAAGAGUGGUAUCGUGGAUAUCUGUGGAGGAAUGACGCAUUUUGUGGAGAGUGUCGAUGAGGCUCUUAAGCUCACGGAGACACCACAUAUUCAUAUGGAGUAGUUUGGAUCGACCGUUUUGGAUGUUUAGGGGCGAGUGAGAUUUUUCGGGGUACAAUAUUACGCUGGCAGACGUUUUGAAGUUUAUGAUGCGCCUUUCAUGAAGUCAUGAUUCAAUCUUCUAUUAACAUGGAUUUCUUAAGCGGAGAUUGCUUUUUCCUUUCUUUUUGGGCGAAAAAUUUUAGCGUGCGUAGCACUUGCAUUUGGUUAUGUAUGAGCCACUUUAGUUGAAGCAAGAUAAAUGUCUUCCUGAACACCUUAUCCUAAAUAUGUACGUAUAAGUAAUUGUUUGAAAAUACAGCUAGUCAAUGAACACGGCGCGUGAGAUUUCGCACCUUUAACUCACAAAAGUGAUCACUAUCAUGCUGUUUAUUACACAAUCAGUUUUGCAUAGUUCACGACAGUAAAAUUUGUCAGAUCAAGUUACUUAGAAUCCUGACUGUUCGACACACUCGUAGAGCUCCAUAGCUCUGAAAAUAAGGUCCAUCGUCUUGCAUCAGUCUUGACGCGGUUGUAGAUAAAGGCGCACCGACUUUGCUAGAGGAAGCUGAUGCAGAGCUCUGAACUGCCCAUAACGCUCAAAUCGACGCAGGAUAUGCGACUUUGUAUAUCCUCGAGCAUUUAUUGACCAGUGGUCAUGAUAUCCAUGUUCUCGGUGCCAACAAACUCCCAAAAGAUCAUUAACCCGGCGUUUGGUGAGAUAGUCGUUGGAAAUGGGCUUCGCACCGCCCGGACGGGGAAGUUGGUAGACUACGGAGCAUAGAUAUAAGGGAAGGCACCUAGAAUGUAACAAAUAGGUUUUUUUUUCCCACGGUCGUUUCGGCUCAAGUUAUAAUGUCGUUCGUCAUACUCGCUCUCUCGGCUUGACUCUGACUUCCAGCUGCCCUGGCAACCAAUGCCCGUAACAGCUCCUCAUUGGCUUUCCAGAUAAAUCUCUUCUCUCUUUCCUCAGCAUCCUCCGGGAGGUCUUCGGCAUCAGGCUCGUCAAUAUGUGAGUCGUCAAGAAGAAUUGUCCGACCGGGAUUCGCAAGAAGUUUUAUUCGCCCUUCGAAGCCAAUCACAAAAGCGCCAGACGCAAUUUUCGUUAGUCGGAUGUGAUGCUUUUCUGGUGUGCGAAUGGUAGUUGUGGUAAUAGAGGUGUUGAUAUCAAUAUUCAUGGCGAGAUGGGUCCUGAAGUAGUCUGAUAACGCCGAUAUGAAUGGAGUCGGUGAUUCAGUGCCUGAAAUGCCUGAUGUGUUCGAGCCUAAUUUGCGUUUUUGGCCGCGGGACGCUGGUGUACGCAAGGCCUCUGACUUAUCCAGACCACGAGUGUACAAUUCACUCAGCGACUGACGGGGCAAAGACACCUCUACGCUCUUCAAAGCGGGCGCAACAGGCGCAUUAAAAGAUAGUGUUAGUUGGACCUCCUUCAUUACCCGUUCAAUAACUUCCCG